CAAAAGUACAUAACACAUGAUUGAAAGGGUAUUUUCAAGUUCCCAAUUUCAUAUUUUUGUAUAUAAAAGGAACAUUUUUUUUCUUGAAAAUUAGUGAUUGCUUCUGGUGAAUGUUUUGAAAGUAAAACGGGUGAUUUAAGUCAUCGUUUCGGCUGUUUAACAGAGACACGUUAACUACAUCAAGUCAUCAACCGAUAAUCAGUUUCUUCUCCGGCCAACGCUUCCACACGGCUGACGUAAUUUUCCGGGACCAAAGUGUAAAAUGCAGGGACCAAAGUGUUUUAAUGCAGGGACCAAAUUGUAAAAUGCAGGGACCAAAGUGGAAAAUGGAGAACAAAUCCCCUUCUUCCUCCUUCUUCCUCGCGCCGCUAUGUCCUUCACGCCGGUGAUGUGACAUGUAGGUGGAAUUAAGUACCGUUAAAGUAUAGCCCAAAACUCUAGCUGCAUGGUAAAAGGUGAUUGCGAAUAAUACGACAAUAUGAUUCAAGGAAUCAAGUGCAGGACAAAAAUGGGAGGAAAAUGGAGCAGAAUAUGGUUUAUAAUGAUAUUGCUUUUGAUCACAAGCUUUUCUCAUAUUCAAGGACAACCUAAUACCACCACUACUCAAACAGAAGGACGAGACGACACGGUUAGGCCUGAUCCUUUGGAAAAUCUCAAAAAAUAUAGAGGAGGAUACGACGUUACCAACGUACAUUACUGGAGUUCAACUGCAUACACUGGAAUAGCAGGAUAUGUGCUAGGGGCCCUAUGGCUCUUAUGCGGUGUCGUUUUUGGAGCAUUUCUAGUGGUAACCACUUGUUGCAAAGCAAACAAGAAACUGAAGAGACACAAGAAACCAACAUUCCACAAGCAAUAUUACCUUUGGCACAUUCUUAUAGCCGCUUUCUUUACCCUUUUAGCCUUAGUUGGAACAAGUUUAGUACUUGGAGGGAAUGCCAAAUUCCAUUCUAGAGCAGAUAAGAUCAUUGAUAUAAUUAUAGAUACGGCCGAUGACGCGUCAACGACUAUAUAUAACACAACCGGAGCGAUGAAUAUGACCCGAGCCAACUUACAAGGUACAAAUGUUGAUGCAAGCACCACUCGUUUCCUUGAAUCCACUUCUAGGCAACUUGACUCGACGGCUGACGAUAUACAACGACAAGCUAGAAAGAAUCGGCAUAAGAUUGAUCUCGGCCUUCGCAUUUUGUAUAUUGUAAGUACAGUUAUUUUCGCGCUGAAUUUAGUUGCCGUAAUUGCACUAACAGCCGUUGGGGUCGUUAAAAUUAGGCGAGUUCUUCACAUAUUGAUCGUGUUGUGUUGGUUAAUCACGGUUCUUUGUUGGGUCUUCUUUGGGGCAUACUUCUUCUUAUCGCGAUUUGCGGGUGAUACGUGCACAGCACUUGAGGGAUUCCAACAAGAUCCUUAUAACAACAGCUUGAGCUCGAUUCUUCCUUGUGAUCAGUUGCUUUCAGCCGAAUCAGUCCUUAAUGAUGUCAGCGCUGGAGUUUACAAUCUAGUCAAUGAGGUGAAUGCUAACUUAUCUCGAAUACAACAAGAUUCGUCGUUUGGAGUAUGCAAUCCGUUCUCCGGGCCACCAGAAUAUAACUACCAGCCAAACAACUGCUCGGAGGAUGAGAUUCGUAUAGGCGACAUCCCUGAGCUUUUGAAGUUGAUCACAUGUGUGGAUCCGGUGGACGGAAUCUGCAACGGAGGGAUUCCCGUAUCGGGAAACGACUUCAGGACAGUAGUUGCAUACACAAGUUCAAUUCAGAUACUUCUAAAUACCUAUCCAGGAAUGGAAAGCCUGCUUCAGUGUCAAACAGUGAAAGAUGCAUUUUCAGAAAUCAUUGAAAACCAUUGCACACCCGUAAAAAGAGAUGUAAAGAUCGUGUGGGCCGGACUUGUGUUUCUAUCCAUUGUAAUGGUGUUUUUGGUUCUUACAUGGACCGUUGAGUCAUACUACGAACGCAACCAUCGGUUUUCAGAUGGAUCAGUGAAGCCUCAUCAUGCUGAUGAUAUGAUUGAGCUUGGAAAACCAGAAGAAAAAGAAAGUGUAAAUAGCAAUCAGUAGAUGAUUUGAAGGUGGUUAUGCAUAUAUGGGGACAAACUCCUCAUAUAUAUUAUUAAGGUGUUUCAAACAAUUACUAGUUUUCCUAAAUUUAUUUAAGUAAUAUUUUGUUUAUUGAUAUUAA